AUGGCUUCUUCCAAGGUCGGCCCAGUUGACCUCAAAUUCUACAAUGCCUUCAAGCAGAACAUUCCUCCACUGCAUCCAAGGACGACCAAACUCCCAUCCGGUCACAGAAAACAACCAACUUGCCGCCUGCUAACUACAACCAUCAUUUUCUAUCAAGACCAAACCCUUGUACUCGGGGAUGGAACGAAGAUAUACGCAGAUAUCUUUCGUCCACAAACCGACCAAAAGGUUCCUGCCAUCGUUAUGUGGGGACCUUAUGGCAAAACGGGAACGGGUGUGCUAAAUCUUCAUUCCAUGCCGCUGCGAGCAGGUAUACCAGAGACUCAACUGUCUGGUUAUGAGGACUUUGAAGGAAUGGGUUCCUCUGGUAAACUCGCCCUGGCUGGAAACUCGUGGCUCGCGAUCUCUCAGUAUUUUAUUGCUGCUGAACAACCUCCGCAAUUGGCAUGUAUUGCGCCGUUGGAGGGCUUGUCAGACCCUCUUCGUGAGCAAAGCUUACGUGGAGGGAUACCGAAUACGGCGUUCAAUGAAUCCAUCGCUGGUAUCUUGCCAGGAAGAAAUAAGUUGGAAGAUUACGUUGCGAUGUCGAACACCGAUUCUGCGCUUAAAAGUUACCUCGAAGAUAAGCGUGUAGAUAUGACAAAGAUCAAAGUACCCACUUACAUCGGAGCCAGCUACUCAUCACCCAUCCAUACGAUCGGCUCCCUGCGAGCUUUCGAGGAGAUUCCGCACCAAAACAAAUGGUACGCUACUUUCUUUUCACGCACAUCUAUGUAUGUAAAGACUAAUAUGUUGCAACAUCCAGGCUCGUUCUUCACGCAUCCCAAGAAUGAUCUCCACAACGACUGGCCUCAGACAGCGCCUGUGCGAAUGGCAUUGCUGAGCUUCACUAAACAGGCUUUGUUGGAUCAGGAGGUUGCGGAUCUACCGUGGCAUCUACCGGAAAUCACAAGAUGGAGAUUGCAUCUCAGUCCUACUGGCGAAUUUACGCAGGACAGGCAGCUCGAAGGAGGAGUACUAGAGUACCGGACCAACUCGUCAGACGAACUAUCUUUCACCUACACAUUUCCAGCCAAUUCCAUGCUCAUUGGUCCGUCCACUCUAGUCAUCGAUAUCGCAGCACCCGACCAUGACGACCUAGACAUACACGCCCACAUCUUCAAAGCAAAUGCAUCCGAAACUUUCUUAUCGCAUCUCAACAUGCCUAUUCCUCCCAACACCCCAGCCUCCACUGUCGAGACAAUGACGCAAAACAGAAUCUGGCGUUACCAAGGUCCCAAUGGCAUGAUAUGGGCUUCCAAACGCCAUGUCUCCGACUCCCUCUCGGGAAAGACAUGGAUCACGCUUUCACUAGAGCACGAAAAAAAGAUAAAGCCUGGGGAGGUGGUCAGACUGCGUGUCCAGCUCUGGCCUACGGGCAUUGUGUAUGAAGCCGGUGAGCAGCUUGUUUUGAAGGUUAGUGAAAGGCAAAUGGGUUUACCUGCUCUUCCUGAAUUACUAGAACCAACAAGUGCGAAUAAAGGAAAUCAUGUUUUACAUAUCGGGGGAUCACACGAGGCUAAUCUCCAGUUCUCCACCAUCUAG